CAUUACUGAAUACAAUAUUCUGCGAAAAUGAGCACAAGCACCAUCCUCAUCGUGGCUCUUGUCUUUGUAGGGCAUACAUGUUGCGCCUUCAAAGGGACGCAGGAGCGACUGAACUGUCUGGAGCAGAUCAAGAAGGCGGAACUCGAGUACUGUGAGAACUACCUUAUGACGAAGAUCCAAGAUCACCAUGAUGAUGUUAUAAGGAGCGUGAGAAUGAACGACGGCUUCAGCGAGGCGAAAGAAUUACAUGAGAUGCUAAGGUGCUGCCAGGAAGUGAGGGGUAUGAGCAACCCCAAAUGCCAGUGCCAAGCGUUGCAGCAUAUAAUGGAGGGUCAAGUAGACAAACCGAAGAAGGAGAAGCUGCAGAUGGAGGAGGCGCUUCUGAACUUGUUCGUGAGUUGCAACUUUGGACCCAUGGAAUGCGACUUGCAUUUGGACUCUGAAAGAGAAAUGCAAUAG